AUGACCCCUCCACGGUGCUUCAUGGCAUUCCGGUUUCGGUUGGCGGCUAUACUUCUGGCAGCACUGUGCUGUUCCGUGCUCCGCUGUGUGUUCGUGCUGUCUGGGGCACCUUCGACGAGGACUCGGCGAACACUGCGCCCAGCUAGGGGCGACGACGAGGGCGUUCUCGAUGGCACUUUCAAGGAGGUAGCGCAAAACCUCAUUGACUCCAUGCCUCUGCCUGCGGAAGAGAAAGAGGCUCACGAGGCUUAUCGAAUGGGCCUUUCGGCUCAGUCCGAUGGAGAUCUCAAAGAAGCCGUGCGCUGGUAUGCACGGGCGCUCAAGUUGGAGAGCGAUCCCUCCGAACGCGGUUACAUCCUCUACAAUCUGGGCAUCGUUUUCGCCGAUAAUGGCGAGUUCACCAAGGCAGCCAAGUACUACUUGAUGGCUGUGGACCAGAACUACCAGCUGUUCUCUGCCUGGAAUAACCUGGGUGUCAUGUACCACGCCCAGGGUGUCAAGGCGGAAAGGGACCUGAGAUAUGAUCGAGCCGAUGCCCUCUACGAGAAGGCUGCAGAGUAUUGGAAUCGAGCCUGCAACCUGGCUCCGGGACAGUACGGUGACGCGGAACGAUGGUUGCUGGACACCGGUCGGGCGCAGGGCGAAUGGAAUCUACUGCUGCAGCGUGUGAACGACACCGCAGUCAUUGUGCGACGGCAGGCCACGAAGAUCCUCAGCGCUUUUGUUUUGAAUCACCCAGAUCAUCCAGAUGUAGUGCCAGUCACACUGGAUCUUCUUCGUCGCUCCACGGACUCGGAAGCUUUGCGCAACCUUGUCCUGGGCACGUUCGAGCUCCUCUGGUUCAUGGAUGAUGAGCCUACACCAGAGGCGGCUCGGCAGCUUUGCAGAGUGGUGGAUGCUUCGAGAAGUAUGGUGGCGGCGGUUGGAGACGUCUUGCAGGAGCUCCUGCGCCGUUUUCGAAAGUCCAUCGGCUCACGCAAGAACUCCAAAGGCUACGAGUUCGCCAUCCGCCGAUGGACAACAUUGAUCCUCAAUGAGUUCGUGCGAACGAAGUGUGGAUAUGGUUCAGAAACACCACCCUUCAAGAAAGCCAAGGGUUCGCAGAUCGAGCUUCAAGCAGCCGAAAGUGCCGAGGAGCAGUGGCUGAUGCGUCGAUCCCUCCUCUCCACACUCGAAGCAUUCUCCGCGACGCAGCCCAAAGAUCUGCUGGUGCACUUACGGCCUCUCACGAUCUACCUGGCCUUGGAGGAUGAUUCGCCACCUGAGGAUCAGUGGGUGGCAAUCAAGGUCUGCCGAAUCCUCGCUUCGGUGCUGCCUUACGUGGCAGAAAGGCGCGGUCUGAUGGACCAUCGGCAGGUUCAGGUGGACUUGCAGGCCUUGAUUCGCAACCAGCCUUCCAGUGGAGUGCAUGAAGCUGUGCGUUGCCUUUGCUUGGUCGUCAAGUUUGUCACUGGCGACUUGGCGCAGAUCGUUUCGCACCUGAACGUGGCCGUGCCGUCCCUGUCCCGUUUGUGCACCUCGGCCGAGCAGAAGCCCGGCAGCCUCGAGCGGAUCCAGCUGCUGUACAUGAGCCGUCAAGCUUGGGUGCUGGCGUCCAUCAUGGAGUGCUUGAACAUUGAUGACCAUGUGCAAAUCGAGGGCCUCAGUGCCGAAGAGCAGCCAAAGCGGCGUCUGCUGCCGCGGUCGGACCUGAAGUUCGAGUUCCUUGGAGAUUGCGUGGCAUCGACCGUGCUGGACCUCCUCCUCAGGUUGAAUGCCAUAGGCGAGCCACAGCUGCGGGCCGUGGCCGCUUCUUGCAUGGGCUUUUUCCUGAAGGGCCACCGUGGCUUCACGAAAGAUCGACGAGUGGUGGAGUUGCUGCAGAGUGCUCUGAGCUCCAGCGAUCUCCUCCUUUGCCGGAAAGCGCUGGAGACGCUGUCGGCACUUUUGAGCCACUUCCGCUCAGAGGCGGAUCGGGAAUCCAAAGCAGGUGCCGCGGAUUUCGCCGACAGCAGGGACGGCCGCAUCGCUGGCACCUCGCAAAGCGGACACUCCCUCGCGGCCUUGCAAGGACCCUCCUCGCAGCGAUCAGCAAAGGCCGGCGGCAGCGCUGCCGCCGAGGCCUCAAGCAAGACCAACUCUGCGAUCGAAGCGGCGCAGCCCCUGGCCGCUUUUGCCGAUGUGGUGCUGUCGCACAUCACCUUAGCUGGCAGUGUGGGCCCAGCUGCCGGGGUGCCCUCCCCCAAAAAGUCACAAAGCACAAAGCGAGGUCGCAGUGUGCCAGAAACAGAGGAAGAGGAGGAGCAGGGAUCCGCGCAGGACACGGAGAAGGCAGAAGGAGUGCUGCGAGUUCGCGUGGAAGCCCUGUCUGUGGUCCGGCACCUCCAUCAACAGGGCUUGGUGAAUCCAAUGGCCGUGUUGCCCAAAGUCUUCGCCCUGACUUUCGCGGGAGACCCUCGUUUGUCAGAGCCGGCAACCGCCAUGCUCAAGGAGAUGCUCGAGCUGCGGCCUUCUCUGCUUCUCAACCGCCUGGAUGAGGCCUUCCGGGAGGCUUUCUUGGCGCUCCUCUCGGCGGCAACGACAGCUGUCCGUCUGGGUGAGGCUGUGGUUCCCCAACAGCUCCUGGGACUGGGGGACGUCUACAUGGAGCGCUUCCGAAAGCAGAAAACUCUCCGUGAUACUUUUCUUCGAAAAGCAUUGCGUGAGUUGCAGCGGCUGCAAACCAACCGCUCAGAGGAGCGGUUUGCUGAGCUAGCGGCACUGGGAGUCGUUGGUGUGGAAGACGCAGGUGGCUCCAGUGCUACGAGGAAAGCCGGCAGCCGCGGUCCUGGCCGGAUUCCCUUGCGGCAGCAGCAGCAGCUUCUUUAUGCUCAGUUUUUGGCAUCGGCAGUCACAUCGCUGCCUUUCGCCUUCGAGAACGAGCCUCUGCUGGUGGUUUUCGAAUGCAACCAUCACUUGGCACUACACGCUGGGGCUUUGCUCGCGUCGGCCGACGGAACGGCCGUGAAGGAGAAGGAGACACUUUCGCCCGAGCAGGCCUUGGUCUUUACGGAGGCGCUCUCCAUCGUCAGCUGUGUGGUGCUGAAGACUGUCCUGAGGAGGGAGUACAACCUCUCCUCCGAGCAAUGUGCAACGUUCAAUCCCAAAGAGCUGCGGCAAGAGAGGAUUAAGGCGUUUCCCACCGGAGGUUUCGGGCGAGGUGAGGAUGGACAGACGCCAGCUCGCAAUCGCUUCCCUGCCAAUGAGUGGCUGGAAAAAAUCUCGCCAUUGAUAGAAAACUUUGGGCGGCCGGAGGAGAUCAUUUCGUACAUCCGGACCAUUACAGACGCAGAUCCUUGGGAUGAUAGCCGAUCACGGCACGAGGCCAAGCUUGAUGUUCUGGAGGGUCGGCGUGGGCGCAAAGGCAAAGCGGCGAAGGGCGGGAAGAACGAGUUAAAGGCGACGAAGGUCAAGAAAGCAGAGCCGCCUGCGGCGCGUGGCCGCGGCCGCGGCCGUGGCGAGCAAAAAGAGAAGGGAAAUGUCAAGAAGAAGGGCAGGCGGAAGCAAGGCAUGUGCGAUUCCGAAGAUGACUCCGACUGGGAGGAGCCAGGCGCUCGAAAGCGCCCUCGUGUGCAGGAGCCCGCAGAGGCCGAUGGCGCCGCGCAGGCAGGGGCUCAUUGCCGUGCCAUUUCCGUGAUGCUUCGGACCUCAAGUCUUCACUGUCCCAUCCAGCGCGUUCGCGGACGAAGACCGCGAUUCAAGCGCUGCGCCAUAUACAGGUCAGCACGCCACGCGAGCACAUGCGAUUCGAGCACGAUCCCGACUCAAGCCCCGGCACAAACACCAACAUGCGAGUCAAGCAGAUGUGUUCAGCGAGACUUGUUUUUUUGA